GUUAAUCACAUGAUCAUUACUGGUUUUCCAACAUGCAAAAAAGGCAAAGUCGUGUUUAUUUUCCACAGGUACACAAGAACCAUUUAUAUCAUCACGGUGUAUCUGGACAGGACAGCUGGGUCUGACAGAGUGAUGCAGGCAAAGGAAAUACCAUUCAUCAGGCCAUGACUGUCAUCUCCUCUCCCAAUGCUACCUUUGGCCCUGCUCCCGUCUCCUCCUCCAACUCCUCCCUACAUCCUCUCCACAUCAUUGGUCUAUGUGCCGACACAGGCAAUGUCACAUUUAUAUGCUUCACCUCCGCCAACAUCCUCCUCCUCCUCCUCCCUCUCUACUUCCUGGUUCUCUACACCGGGGUCCAGCAGUGGAGGUGUCAGCGCUCCGCUCAGGGAGGAAGAUCCACAGGUCAAUCUGACCUCUUCACCUACAACAUGGUCGCCAUUGAGCUUGUUGGUCUCUUCGGACUAGUCGUCUACAGUUAUGGAAUCAACACCGACUCUACUCCGAUGCUGACGUUGGGGACUCUGGCCUUCUUGUUCGUCUUCCCUGGACAGACUUUGUUUCACUGCCUUGUCUGUCUGGAGCACUACCUGGCUGUAGUUCACCCCGUCACCUACCUGCGCCUGAAGGAAACCAAGAUCAGAUUAAUUAGCAUUGGUUGUGUUUGGCUGCUGUGCUCACUGUGGAUUGCUGUAAGAGCCAUGUGCUGCCAUGAUGCUCCAACCAUCUGCUUCCUCUGCAUCCUGGGCUUUUCCAUAAUCUUGGUGUUAUUUUGCAAUCUUUCUGUUCUCCAUGUUCUGAUUCGCCCCAGGCCUGGGGAGGUGGGUGGAGGCAGGGAUGGGGUUGACCAAUCAAAGCAGAGAGCUUUCCGCAUCAUCAUGGCUGUGUUUGGAGCACUGUUGUCCAGAUUUGUUGGAUUUGUCAUGUCGUUCAGCUUGGCAAAUAUGGUGUUGCUGCGUAGAGAUUUGUGUGUGUUGCUGUUUUCUGGAAUCUGGUUGACUCUGCCCAGCAGUCUGGUUCUGCCUCUGCUGUUUCUGCACCGGGCAGGGAAGCUAGCAUGUUGCAGGCAGAGCCGAUAAUAAGACUAGCUACCUUUAGGUUUGACAGAUGUUUUAUCGUAGUUUGAAGUAGUUGUUUUUGUCUCGACAGAUAUGACUUCCAUCGACUUCAUCAGGCAGAUUGUUAUUUAUCUGAAUGUUUUAGGCCACUUUCAAUUGUACUAUGUAGUCCUUGUGGUGUUCUAAGUGGCUGCUAGUAGGUUUCCAUGUUAUUUACAUUGAAUUUGUUUGAAAAUCAAAGAACAGUCAUAUAAUUUAGUUUAAAGCUCAAUAAAUGUAUUUAAAAGUUCUGUAUCUUUAAACUGAUUUAUCCUGAUAGUGCAAAAAAACGGAGCGUUGUAUCUGAUCCCACUUGAGUAAAAGUACAAACAAAGGAAAGUAAUGUUAUAAAAUAUUAUUGAAUUUUGGACUGUUUCGAUUUUGGGCUUUUCAAAGUUGUGAUUUUUCUGCUAUUUUUGACACAAUUUGUGAAAA